GUUUAAUUAAAUAUCGUAAACAUUGGGACGUGCAGAUGUGAAAACAUGUGCUUGUAGACUUGGUAACAUAACGGUCUGCCAACUGAUGUGAGCUUGCAGAACUGAAUAUAUAACAGAGUACAGAGAUGUUUGACACUGAGGACUGGAAUGUUGAUGGAGAGGCAGUCCAUCUUGCUUCUUCUCUGUUUGAUCCCGUCACACCAACACAUCCAGGAAAGAAGAAAAAGAAGUCCAAGCAUUCUGAUCCAAAUUUGACGAAUACCAGUGACAAGAAAUCUCCCUUGAAGAGGAAACUUUUUGAUGAAAGCAGUCGGAGUAUGAAAAAGAAGAACAAGAAAAGAAGUGAUGAGAGAAAUAAAGAAGAUGCACCAGCUGAAGUAGAAUCUGGAAAACAAAACCUUCACCAUGACUGUGUUUCAGGGAGCAAGAAGAAGAAAUUACUGAUAUCUCCGAUAAAAGCUGGAGCUCUAAGCAGCGAGGAAAACAUUACAAAGAAAAAGAAGAAGAAACAGAAAGUGCCUACUUCACAGGAAAAUGUUCCAAAACCUGAUCCGUCUGAUAAUUCCCAACAUGACAAGAAAAAGAAAUUGAAAAGGAAAAAAAUAAGAGGAGAAAUAGAAAAGGAUGAUGAGUCACCAUCUAAGAAGCUGAAGGUUCAAGAAACACAAGGACAGGAUGAAAGUAGAGUUGAGGGGGACACCACUCUGACCAGGAAGCAGAGAAGACACAAGCAUAAGAAGAAGACAAGUAAGAAAAACAAAUACAAACAUCUAGCUGAUGCUAGGAAAAACUCUGAUGGGACCGAUGGAAGCACAGGCAGUAUACCUGCAGCUUCUCAAGACCCAGUUGUUAAAGGUCAGUUUGUUUUGUUAAGGAAAAACACUGGUGAUAGUGAGGAAACUUUACCAAACAGUGAACAAUCUUUAGAUAAAAAGAAGAAAAAGAAACGCAAAAAGAAUGUCAAGCUUUCUGAUCAUCCAAGUCAGGAAGUAAAAAAUAACAGUGUGAAUGAGAAUGUUUCAAUAUUUAAUCAAAGUAGGACUGAUUUUGAAAGAAGUAGUGAUAAAAAGAAGCAGAAGAUUAAUUCAAAAUCUGAGAGUGAUGUUUCAUUGAUGAUUACUAAGUUGAAGACUCCCAAGAAACACUCGUAUGAUUUGGAGAAAUUGAAAGAAAUCCUUUCCUCUAAUGAGAAACAGUCUGUAAAGAAAACAAAUUCUGGUAAUGGACAAAAGGAAAAGAAAAAAUCAUUUGAGUACACAGGAACACCUGUGAAUAAGAAGAAAGGUAUUACGGACAGUAUUUCAAAUGACAGUAGUGACACUGCAAACAGUCCAUCAAAAGUAAAAUCUCCUACAAAACACAAUUUUGAUGUGAAAAAAUUGAAAGAAAUUAUGUCGUCUGAGAAGAAAAAGAUGGACACUCUGAAGCAGGACAUUGAGAAGAAAGAAAAGAGGAGAGACAGGAACCGACGGAAGUCUUUAACAGACAAGAUGCAUGAACGUUUGGCAGCUGCACGAUUCCGCUAUCUCAAUGAGCAGUUGUACACCACAACAGGCAAUGAGGCAGCGCAGCUGUUUGCUGAUGACGAGGAGGCCUUCCAUGUGUAUCAUGAAGGUUAUAGUUCACAGGUCAGCAAGUGGCCAAUCGAUCCACUGGACGUCAUCAUCAAAGAGAUCAAUGCCAGGCAUAAAACCCCAAAGACUGUCAUUGCAGAUUUGGGAUGUGGAAGUGCAAGGCUGGCCCAGAGUAUGUCUGGGGUCAAAGUUCAUUCCUUUGACCUUGUCUCUGUCAACAAAAGAGUCACUGCAUGUGAUAUGUCAAAGGUGCCCCUAGAUACUGGAUGUGUGGAUGUAGCAGUGUUCUGUCUGUCAUUGAUGGGAACAAACCUUACAGAUUAUCUUCUUGAAGCAAACAGGAUUCUCAAAGAAGGGGGCGUAAUGAUGAUUGCUGAAGUUGAGAGUCGUUUUCAGAAAGUUGGUGCAUUCAUAUCCGAAGUUGAAAAACUUGGAUUUGAAAUUGUCAGCAAGGACACAUCCAACAAGAUGUUUUACAUGUUCCACUUCAAGAAGGUACGUGGAAUGAAGGAAACCCCUCUGAACUUAAGCAUUGAACUGAACCCAUGUAUCUACAAGAAACGAUGAUCUGGAUAAAUGUACCUUCAAGAACCAAUGACCUUGAUCUUGUACCUUCAGGAAGUGAUUACCUUGUAUCUUCAAGAAGUUAUGACCUUGAUACUUGUACCUUCAAGAAGUGAUGACCAAGAUCGUUUGAAGAAUCAAUGACCUUGAACCUUGUACCUUCAAGAAUCAAUGACCUUGAACCUUGUACCUUCAAGAAUCAAUGACCUUGAUCCUUGUACCUUCAAGAAGUGAUGACCUAGAAAGGCUAGAUCCUUAUUGAUUCAAGAAGUCUCUAAAGAGACAGUAAUUGCCACUUUUUGCAAUUAUGCAUAAAUCGAUUACAGCGAUAUUUGAUUUUGUGAUAAAUCAUUCAAUAAUAAUGUCAUGUUUCUAUUUCAUGUUUAUUGUUUUACCAAGAACUUUAUAUAAAUUACGAUUCUGUUCUUCUCCAGACAUGAGCUAAGAAAACCUUAAUGCAAUCCGAUACAAAUAUACUGAACAUCAUUGAAAACGCACCACUUAUAAAAGUUCAGAUUAUUAAA